AUGUUUGGGAAAGAUAAAGAAACCGAAUCUCCGGAUGAGUGUCCCGUCAUUGGGGAGUACAAUAAUGAUUACACGCCGUUGAGUUACCUGACCAGCACAGUAUCGUUACUGGCCACUGUCUCGGAUAAAUAUCCGUCUGCACAGGUUAAGAAGGCAAACGAGUCUCAUCUGUUGAAGUACUACAAUUUCAAAAGACCCAUAACGUAUGGGGCGAAUGCGGUAAACCGCCACGGCAGCGUUGUAAGUGAAUCGGAACAGUCCAAUUCAAGCAACAUGCUACCGUCAGAUAUAUACAACUCUGAGGUGAUGAUGAAUCUUUUUUUGAACUGUGCAGAGAACAGAAUCGAUCCGUACCAGCUAAAGAAAACUUUGAAGAUCCAAAGCCGUAGAGACAAGCAACGUUACAACUUGGAAAACGAUAUAUGGAAUACCGCCCAGAGGGAUGACACGGUACCGGGCAGAAGUUCCGUUGGAACGCCUUUCGAGGAGGAAUCGGAUGAGACGUAUUUCAAAAGCAGCACUUGUGAUUUGGUUGAUGACAUUGAUCCGUUCAAUCCAGCCAGUGACGACCAGGUUGAAGCAAGUGAGUCGAAGCUUGCUAUUUCUGGGAUGAGCUUUUCCAAUGCAUUUCGCAAAUACUACAAAAGAUUACUCACAGUAAACCUACAGGAUUUCGAUAUAUUAAAGAGACACAACAUGUGGGUACCCACUAUACGGAACGACUGUAAGGACCUGCUUGUUGGGGACUACGUGGAUAGUGGUGAUAUAUAUGAUGAGAAAACAUGUCCCCUUUUCAUUAGAGGUCUGGACUAUAUUCCUAGCGUCUACGAUAUUUUCUCCGGCUGCUCAACAAUCCGGUCUGUCAUAUCAGAGUACAAGUUUCCUGCAUUGACGUAUCAUUGUGCAAUCGAGUUAAACAGACACAUUUUCAUGAUUGGCGGUUUGAUCCCUUGCUACCGUUUCGACAACGAGGCGCCUGAUCUGAGCAACUUCUACGUCGAUGGAAUCAAGAACUUACCUCCUCCGUUGCUCGCAGAGGUCAUUAACAAUCCAGCCAUGGUGAACAAUCCUCACUUAUACGUGAUAUCCUUGGCCUCUUCGCGUUUGUCCCGGCCUCGACUUACGGGCCACGUGCCGCCACCUAUAAUGUGUAUGGUAGCAUCACAACUAAACGAUCGCUACAUUCUCUUCUACGGUGGAUUUGAGAUCAAGACAGAGACCAAAAUUGACAAACAGGGGAAAUGUUACUUGAAGAAAAGGGCAUUUCUAAACAAUACCGUGUAUAUUUUGGACACCAUAGCAUUCAAGUUUGUAAAAGCUGAGAUUAACGGCCAGUCUUACGAUCAUUUGAGGUAUCCAACAUUUUCUCCGCGGUUCGGUCACUUGCAAUUAUCUGCAACGUUGGUUGAAGGUGAUUCCAACUCGAUAAACACACUUUCCGAAAGAGCACGCUCUGAUUCUCAAAGGUCAGGGGCGACUGUUUUAGGAUCAUCUUCUGAAAGGGAUACGCCGUCACCGCCCUUGACUGCAAGCAUGGAACCUGGGUUGCAAGCUCGUAAAAUGUCGCCGAUUCCACCGCUGCGACUGUCGAGUAACGGUAAUUUCCACAUGGUUCAUAACAUCAUCAUUUUUGGGGGGUAUCGCCAGACAGGUGACGACAAGUACGAAGCUAUGAAUGACAUGUGGAAGCUGGAAGUUAAGAUCACAGCGAGGGGCAAACGGUCAUAUUUAGCGUUUGCGGAUACCAUCACUGCUUUAAAGAUCCCGAUCGUGAACAAAGACGGCAAAUGGCCUAACAAGAGAGCCUUUUUCGCAUACUCUCUUCCGGACGUAUCUUUAGUGGACAAAUCAUCACUGGAGAGCGACCUGCUCCAAAAUUUACAAGAGAAUUUCAGGGUGGAAGUGAAGGAUGAGGAAACCCCCCGUCAAAGCGGGUCUUUGGCGGGUACUUUGAGAAAACAUAAACCGCGUACAAUGUCACAGAACUCUUUGAAGAAAGCCGGUACGAUCUUUGAAUACGAACCUUUGGUACAGCCGCAAAGCUCUGAAUUAUCACCCUUGGGCCCAUUGCGCAGGUGGACUAGCAACGGUAAGUACGCGAAUUUUGAGCGUAAGGGUCGCACCAUUGUGAUACACGGUGGCUCUGAUAACACGAAAUUAUACGGUGAUAUGUGGUGGUUUGACCUUGAUUCUCUUGUCUGGUCUAAGAUCCAGACGUACGUGGUUGCAAACGGUGAGGAGGAGGUAUUUGGCAAACGGGCACCAACGAACAUGAGCUUGGUAGGCCAUUCUAUGACCAAUAUCGGUUGUAUGGCGGUCCUUGCCGGUGGCUUGAGUGCUGUGGAUGUCAAAGAGAUAUACAGCCAGCCGAAUGACACUCAAGCGGACUUAAUCCCGGGUGGCGCUCAGUCUAUGGAGACAAGCCCCAGUGUGGAGAACGAGGGAGACGAGUGCAACGACACACUCGCCAACGGCAUGAUCAAUAUCAUCGAUCUGAGCAAGCAGUGUAUACGGUCGACCACCUCAGAGCUCGAGGAGCGGAAGCCAAUAGGGGAACUGAUCAUCCGGCCAGACCCCACUGGAAAGUCCCGCGUUGUCGUGAGUGUGGCAGGUGCUGCGUUGGAAUCCGACGGCACGGUAUUUCUCGUCGGCGGUGUGGCGAUCCGGCGUGAAAACCUGAAGAAAACGUAUCUACGUGGCGCCCUACUAGAGUUCGUGUUGCCAAGUGUUACUCUCGCGUCAUAG